AUGCUUUCCACCAGCUCCCGUGUCUUCCGCACUCGACUAUCCCCAUACAGGCAAAAGGUCAACCUCACUGGUCUGCACAAUGGGCGCCUUUCCAAACUCGCUCACAAUGCCUAUUCCUCGACGCAAUUGAAAGGCGGUCGAUCUCUCGCCAGUACCUCAUCCAUUGCCUUGCGGACAACACUAGUCCAAGUCCGACACAGCUCACAGCUGCAAUCGCCCGCAACACAACCAAUCGAUACGGAUAGCGCGGAGAAGAACCCAGCCACACACUACAUCCCGCCGAAAACCGGCCUGAUUGCGUCCCUUCCGAGUUCAUGGAUACCGUAUGCGGAAUUGGUGCGGCUGGACAAGCCCACGGGCACCUACUACCUAUUCUUCCCAUGUCUCUUUUCCACUCUCCUCGCUGCGCCAAUGGCUGGUGCCGCACCACUCCAUGUCCUGGGCACAGCAGCACUGUUCUUUUCCGGGACGCUGAUCAUGCGCGGUGCAGGCUGCGCGAUCAACGACCUGUGGGAUAGAAACCUGGACCCCCAAGUCGAACGCACCAAGUUCCGACCCAUUGCCAGAGGUGCACUCUCGCCGAAAAAGGCAAUACUCUUUACAGGCUCCCAGUUGAUGGCCGGGCUGGGUGUGCUUCUUUCGUUCCCACCCCAGUGCCUUUGGUAUGGGAUUCCUAGCUUGCCUAUCGUGGUGGCCUACCCUCUUGCUAAGCGCGUGACCAAUUACCCGCAAGCUGUCUUGGGUCUUGCUUUUUCAUGGGGAGCGAUUAUGGGAUUCCCAGCGUUGGGGGUGGACCUGCUUGCCAAUCAUGAUGCCUUGAUGGCUACAGGUGCCCUUUAUUCCAGUUGUAUUGCUUGGACAGUUCUGUACGAUAUGAUUUAUGCACACAUGGACAUUAAAGACGAUGUCAAGGCCGGGAUCAAGUCAAUUGCCCUCCGCCAUGAGCACAACACUAAGGCUAUCCUGAGUGGUUUGGCGGUGACUCAGGUCUCCCUCCUCGCGGCUGCAGGAGUUGCUGCCGGUUGCGGACCUGUAUUUUUCGUUGGCAGUUGCGGCAGUGCCGUCUUGUCGCUUGGUCUCAUGAUUUGGAAGGUCCAGUUGAAGAGUGUUCGGAACUGCUGGUGGUGGUUCAGGAACGGAUGUCUGCUGACCGGUGGGGGGAUCUCCUUGGGCCUGCUCGCCGAGUAUGCGACGCAGUAUCUUGGUCUGUACAAUACGAAGGAGCCGGAGCGCGUGGUGGCCGAGUCAACAUAA